UCUGCUGAGACGUCAUAUUUACGCGACAAAGGGGUCAGGACUCACGCCAGGAGACUGUUGACACCGCGUCCCACAGAAGAAGAACUCGUUUAAAGGCUUUAAACUACAAAUAAUAAAAAUAAUAAUGUCUACCGCCAUGAACUUCGGGGCGAAGACUUUUACACCUCGGCCUCCUGAAAAAGGCGCGUUCCCUCUGGAUCACUUCGGUGAGUGUAAAGCCUUCAAGGAGAAGUUCAUGAAAUGCCUGAGAGACAACAGUUUUGACAACUCCAUGUGCCGACUGCAGUCCAAACACUACCUGGAAUGUCGCAUGGACCAUCAGCUGAUGACCAAAGAGCCUCUGGCGAAACUGGGAUUCAGGGACCUGAUGGAUCCUCCUCCCAACCAGUCAGACAGAGACAGUAAACCCUGACGACAGGAGUCCAACAAAAGCAGAUUAAAGGCCAAGACUGCCGUGGAGACUGGCUUCAUAGACUUUGAGAAUGUGGGCUCACAAGAGGACUCUGUGAUGAAUUGUGGUCUUCUUUUGACGUUAUAGAGUACUAAGAAUUGUUUCAACCCUUUGUGUAUAUAAGAUAAAAUGUAUAAUAUAUGGAGAUGC